CUUGAGCCAUCGUUAUUUUGAGCGGUCGUUUAAAUCAGCGUUGAAGCGUAUGGCGUGCUGUUUUUAAUCUAUUAUACCAGAUUUAUUUUUUUAUCUCGCUCGUUCUUUUACUUCUCAUCCUAGGAGCUCCUCUACUUUGGCAUGCUGGCACGUUCCUGCCUCGAUGGCUCCUACCUGCCCAAGCAAGAGAGCGAAUUUGUUCAUAAAGUCCUUGGGGACCUGGAUGACUUCCAGCAGAGAGAUGAUCAGAAAAGCGUGCUCCUCUUCCCACCAAUGCCGAGUCGACUGCGGUUUCUGAUCCACAAGACGGCGGAGAAGUUUCCAGAACUGAGCACUUUCUCUGUGGGCGAGGCAUGGGACCGCAGAGUGGCCGUCUGCUACUCCGCGCUCAGGUUGCCGGUGGAAGAGCACAGCAGUGAUACAGACGCCAGUGGGUACGAACAGCCGUCGGUGAGCAAAAGAGGGACGGUGGGAAAAACACGAUCGUCUUUCAGCAGAGGACGCCGACGACCGGACAAAGCCAUUUAUGUCCCCCGCGCUCUGAGACAGCCCGAAUAUGAUACGAUUCUCGGCUCGUCCAGCUGCUCUCCCAGCCUCAGCGUCUCUGAGGAGUCUAGUUCUGACACCACAGACCCUCCACCGGCCAAUCACGAGCCUGGAACCGACAGCGCAGACGAAUCGGUGGGCGAGCCGGACGCAACGGCGUCCACCGCGCAAGUGGAGACUGGGGACUACGGUCAGACUCUGUCCUAUUUCAUGGCGAUGACCCUGGAGGAGAAGAGCGAAGAUACCUCACAAACCAAUACGUCGUGUCAGGACACAGAGGAGAUGGACAACUACCACCAUGAGAUCAUGACCCAUUUGAAGGAAGAAGCAUCGGCGAUAGAGAACACACGGAGCGAUUACUCCAGCUUCGAGAACGUGUGGCUCGACCACAGUGAGUUUGACCACAUCAUCGAGAUCUACGACUUCCCGUCGGUGUUCAAAACCGAUGACCUGCUGGAUGCUUUCUCAGAGUACAGUGAAGGAGGUAUGAAGAUUAAAUGGGUGGAUAACACUCACGCUCUCGGCGUCUUUUCCAGUGCAUCAGCAGCACUGCAGGCUCUGUCCAUCAGACACCCGCUGCUGAAGACAAGAACGCUGUCUAAUGCCAGCAAAAAGGCCAAAGGCAAAGUAGCAAGACGUGCAGAGUUCCUGCAGCCGGUAAAAGAGCGUCCACGCACUGACACAGCGGUAGCACGCAGGAUGGUGACAAGAGCUCUGGGUCUAAGAGCGAAACGCUACUAAACAGCUACAGUAGGAUGUUUGCUCACCUGAUGAUGAUGGACCAGCAACCAUGUUUUAAUCACUCGCACGACAACACCCAGUUUUAUAAGUGUUUGUUUAAUUCCUGUUGUGUUAAAUCACUUGCUCUGACCUCUAGUCAAACAUUUCACUUCAGGCCAACAAUCAAACUUAUCGAAGCAUGAUAAUAUCUAGCCUUUUUAAUCCGUCUCCUUUUAAAUUAAUUGAUAUGCUCAGAUAAAAUGAAUUGCCACGAGAUCAAUCUGUUUACAAUACAUAUUGCUUCACAUUUCUUCUGUCUAUAUUGUAAGAGGUGAACUCGAACUGGUUAGAGUGUGGCUUUAUGGAAUAUAGCUGGAGUCCUGGAUUGCACAGUGUUUUGGAUUGUUAGCAUUAUUUACCUUCCUUUUCCUGUAACAAUGUACCAUUCUUUUGUUUCUAGAUGGUGUGAUGUGUGUAUUACGACUGUAUGUGUGAAUUUCCUGUUAAUACCCUAUUUUAUUUAUCGAAUUAAAUAUUUCUCUUUUUUUAAA